AUGAGGAAAGUAAAUAAAGUUAUGAGCGAUAGGGCUAGGGCGUACCCCACAGGCGACGCGCAGGAGCAGCACCCGGCUCCUGUGGGAAAUGGACAAGGGUUGUCGCACCAUAACGGGCGGGUGCGACGUAAGAUGCAAGCUCAAAGUGUGAGAGAAUUGAGAUUGAGGUAUGCGAGUUGGAAUGUAGGAACGAUGACUGGAAGAGGAAGAGAGCUAGCAGAUGUUUUGAAAAGGCGACGAAUAAAUGUAGCGUGCCUGCAAGAGACAAAAUGGAAGGGUGCAAGGGCUAGAGAGAUAGGCGAAGGAUAUAAGUUUUUCUAUUGUGGAAGCGACGGCAAGAGAAAUGGUGUGGGUAUAGUUGUGGACAACAGGCUGAAAGAAUGUGUCGUAGAUGUUAAAAGAAUGAAUGAUAGACUAAUAGCGGUUAAAUUAAUUGUGGACGGCAAGGCCAUAAACGUGAUAAGUGUUUAUGCGCCGCAGUCAGGCUGCGAGGAGAGUGUAAAGGAGAAGUUUUGGGAGGACUUUGACUGCUUGAUGAUGAAUGUACAGGAUAGUGAGGAAGUCUAUGUGGGUGGGGAUUUUAAUAGUCACGUAGGUAGAGAGAGCGAUGGAUAUGAGAGAGUACAUGGUGGUAGGGGUUUUGGAACCCGGAAUACAAGCGGCGAGACAUUACUCCAAGCUGCCUGUGCCUUCGACCUGGCCAUAACAAAUACGUGGUUCAAUAAACGAGAGGAGCAUCUCGUGACAUAUAAGAGCGGCCACCACGCGACACAGAUAGAUUACUUCCUGGUGAAGCGGAGUAGUCUAUGCUGUGUCAAAAACUGCAAAGUGCUGCCAGGCGAAGCAUUAGUCACUCAGCACCGACUUGUGAUUCUGGAUGUCAAAGUAACUGUCUCGCCCAAAAGCAACAAAGAUCGGCCCCCUCCAAGGAUUAGGUGGCGUAUGCUAAAGAAGGAAGAAUGUGCUGAUGUAUUUAGGAGUCAGGUUGUGGACAAAAUGUCAGAAAUGAAGGAGAUGGAAGGUAAAUGUGCGAAUGAAUGUUGGAGUGAAAUGGCAAGCCAUAUAAGGGAAGUCGCAAAAGACGUGUGCGGAGAGUCGAGAGGAAAAGGUUUGAUAGAUAGAGAUACAUGGUGGUGGAAUGAUGAAGUACAAAAGGUUUUGAAAGAAAAGAAAGUAGCAUUCAAAGAAUGGCAGAAUGUUGAAAUAGUGAAUGCAAGUCUGAAGGAUGACAGAAAGAGAAUCUACAUGGAAUGGAAGAGAAAAGCAAAGAAGGCGGUAGCAGUUGCCAGAGCUAAGGCGCAGGAGAGGUUGUACAACUCCCUGGACAGUCCAAGAGGCCAAAAAGAGCUCUACCGAAUUACGAAAGAGAGAGAGAGACGAUCGAGGGACAUAACCCACAUAAAAUGCAUGAAAGGUGAGUCUGGCAAGAUUUUAUGUAAAGAUGAGGAAAUAAAAGAGAGAUGGAAGGUUUAUUUUGAAAAACUUAUGAAUGAAGAGAAUGUUUGGAAUGGAAUACUCCAAGAGGCACAAGUAAAUGAGGGAUUGGUAAGAGAAAUUAGCAUGGAUGAGGUAGAAAGAGCACUUGGAAGUAUGAAAAAUGGAAAGGCCUUGGGCCCUGAUGAUAUACCAGCUGAGGUAUGGAAGGUGUUAAAGAAGAACGGAUGUAUGUGGCUGACUUUAUUCUUCAAUAAGUUGCUGCAUGAAGAAGUCAUCCCGCAAGAAUGGUGCAGUAGUUCGCUAGUGCCCAUCUUCAAGAAUAAAGGGGAUGUGCAAGAUUGCGGCAACUAUAGAGGGAUAAAGCUCAUGUCGCAUACUAUGAAGGUAUGGGAGAAAGUGAUAGAGAAAAGAGUGCGAGAAGAGAGUGAAAUUACCCAAAACCAAUUUGGGUUUAUGCCAGGUCGAUCGACAAUGGACGCCAUCUUCGCACUUCGCCAAUUGUGCGAGAACAACACCAUGCUGACACAAAUAGCAUUAUUCCUUACAAUAUUCGCUUUCUUUAUUCUAGAAGAUAAUAAAACAAAUUCAUUCAAAACCGCAGAGGACCUCAGAUCUCAGUACAAACAGGCGGAAAAAGAGGCUUAUAGUCGAUCAGAUAUAUGGGUUGGUAAAGCUAUGGAUUUCGUUUACUCCAACAAAACUAUAAUGAGUUUGAUUGCACGAGAGCUGUGGGACGUCGGAUCGAGAGCUAUCGACAGAAUUGUGGAAGUCAAUGAUAAGAAAAAGAGUUCGUGA